UGCAUCUGGCCCUGUUAUUUUCUGCAGGAUAUUAUACCUUUCAUUGACAAAUAUUGGGAAUGUUUAACGACUCGACAGCGACCUAGCAAGAUCACUUGGCCAAACAACAUUGUGAAGACCAUGACCAAAGAGCGGGAUGUGUUUCUGGUCAAGGAGAAUCCCGAUCCAGGCAGCAAGGAUCCUCAGGAAGACUACCCCAAGUUUGGCUUGCUCGACCAGGAUCUUUCUAAUAUCGGUCCAGCGUACGACACACAGAAGCAAGGUGGAUCCUUGACCCCAGGAAGCAAUCUUAAUGGUGGACCAACAUUUGCAGGGCGUCUCAGUGGUGCGACAUGCAAUGACGGGACUGGGGGUCGGGCCCGUGAUGCUACACAAGGUGGCACUGUCGGAGGAAGCGGGAAAGGAAGAGGAGCAAAGCGUAAACAGGAUGGAACCUCAGGAGGGACUGCCAAGCGAACCCGAAGUGACCCGUUGUUUGCUGCUCAGCGGCUGCCCCCACAUGGCUAUCCACUGGAGCAUCCGUUCAACAAAGAUGGUUAUCGGUAUAUCCUGGCUGAGCCUGAUCCACAUGCUCCAGACCCUGAGAAGUUGGAGCUCGACUGCUGGGCUGGUAAACCUAUCCCUGGAGACCUGUACAGGGCUUGUCUGUAUGAGAAGGUUCUUCUGGCACUGCAUGAUCGAGGUAUGUAUGGAGUAGGGCAGCGGGAGCGGCUCUGUGAGUCCAUAGCUGAAGGGCAUAGGUUUAAGGCAUUGAUUAAGUUCAAGAGUUACCUGUACUUUGAAGAGAAGGACUUUGUGGAUAAGGCUGAGAAGAGCCUGAAACCAGCAACAGGCAGUAAGAUGAUUUUUUUUAAGAAUGGAGAUAAUGAGGGAACUGCCUAUGAAGAUGUGUAUGCUGGGGUGUACCAUCCUGCAAUUUCUUUGUACAAGAACUGCACUGUGUCGAUCAAUUUCGGGCCAAACUUCAAGUAUCCUCCGAAAGACAUUCCGUUCAAACCGAUAAGUGACAUGGGCUGGUACGCUGUGGUGGAGCACACACUGGCAGAUAUUCUUUACCAUGCUGAAGGAGAGGUGGAUGGGCGGAGAAGCCCACCCUGGGAGCCCUAACUCCCUCCGAACAGAGAGAUCCCCCCAGCACUCCAGGGGCUGCUGAAGGAACUGUGUGCAGCGAAGUUUAACACAAAUGAUACUUGAACCACGAGCAGUCAUGAUAGGCUCGGACAAUCUUGGAGUCACCUCAGACUCAUUCCAUUGUACUUGGGUUUCGGUGAGUCGACCCAAUCCUGUCGCAAACCAACUCCAUACCCAGGUCAGUCAGAUGGUGCACAGUGCCAGGCAUUACAUGGGGCUCUACCCCCACCAACCACGUGAUUGCCAUUUGGAAAUGAUACAUUUGUGAAGCCGAAUCACUCCUGCAUUUCUCAGCAUCUUGACUCGAUAGCCAUGGCAUUUUUUGAACACAGAAGUUGUUGGUAUUCAGACCGCAAUGUUCACCAACUGCUGGGUAACAGGGCACUGGCAGCUCAGCUCAGUUCUGUAUCAGACCAAGCGAUUAUGUGAGGUGAUGCCACAUCCGAUCAAACAGGCUUCCACAGUGGCAGGUUCACAAUCAUAGGAAAAUGGCCUGGCAAACACCCAUCAGACAAAAACCGGGAGAUGGGCUGUCCAGAGCCUUGUAUUUUCAUGUCUUUAUCCUGUAAUAAAAGCUGGAAAUAA